AUGUACCUCUUCGCCGUGCUGACGGUCAGCUCGCUCUGGGCCCUGAUAUCGGUUCAACCUGCAGAGCCGCCGUGGUUCCCUCCCCUCGGCGAGACGGGACAGUACGAAGGAAAGCGCUACUGCCAGGAUAAAUACGUGACGUUCGGCGUCGACGUAGCGACGGCCAACCACAGCUUCAUCGCCGCCACGAUCAACGACACCGUCACAUUUCCAGACUGGAAGGAGCGGGUCACGUGGAUGCAUCUCCAGAUCAAGACGAUGGGCGACGCCCACUUCUACGACCGCUCUGUGCUGAUAGUCGAAGGCCACGGCCCGAAGGCAUACCGCAGUAGCACGCCGUUAUGCCUGAGGCUGGAGGACGUCGACAAGCUUGCUCAGACGAGCGGCAAGGAGAAACUGGACCUCCUGGUCCUUACGAAGGCAUCUCACCUCCGCGUCGUGGACAUGUUCGAGGAUCCGUUCCCGCAACUGCUCAGCUUCCGGCCCGGCAACCCGUUCCAAGCCUCGAUACUGCUCGAUCAAACCAAUACUUACUAUCGCGUCCAGGCGUGGAUAUUCCAGGCCUGUCCGGUAGGACGCUACGGGUAUUUGUGUCAGCAAAUUUGCCAGUGCGCCGACAGGGUUCCGUGUAGCGUGGAUCGCGGCAUCUGUCAGCUACCUCCAACUGCAAAACCAAAAGAUAAAGACCCUGAAGACAUCGCGUGGUGGAUCUUCGUCUUGAUCGGAUUGGCCGGCGUCUGCGGCUUUUUCACCUGCAUCAUUGCUGUUUUUUGCAUUGUGAGCAAAAUCCUGAAAAAGAAGCGUGCCCACCGCUCGCGCCACCAUGAUAGCCGCUCGACCGAAGAUGAGAGCAAGGAAGCUCGUUCCAAGAAGCGCUCCAAGAAGUCCAAGAAGCACAAGCGGAAGCGAAGGGACCCCACUGUCUCCGAAGAAACCGGUGGCACCACCGAGGAGACAACUGGAUCGAUGGAACGCAAGCGGCGUCAC